AUAUUCGCCAAAAUUGAUCCAUUGGCGCUCGCGGCGAGCGUAAGCAACGCAAAAGAAAGCGUUUGCAGAGGCUCAAAAGAAAAGGGCGUGGACACAGUGAACGGAAGUAUCGGCACGGUUGCAGUGGCUGGUGUCUCAAAUACAACAUCCAGCAACAUUGAAGUCGACGAUCUGGGUCGCGCUUUUAAUGGCAAAGUCCAUUUGACUCAGGCAGCCAGCAACCAGCUUGUACUCCAUGCCAAAGAACCCGAAACUAUGUCCGGCGACCAGAAAGUGCUAUUGAAGGGACACGCAUCACAGUACGUUAAACUAAAUGUGGGUGGCCGUUUGUAUUAUACGACGAUCGGUACUCUAACAAAACAUAAUGAUACCAUGCUCAGUGCCAUGUUCAGUGGGCGCAUGGAGGUGCUUACAGACUCUGAAGGUUGGAUUUUGAUCGAUCGUUGUGGCAAUCAUUUUGGCAUAAUAUUAAACUUUUUACGUGAUGGCAGUGUGCCGCUGCCGGAGACAAACAAGGAGAUUGCAGAGCUACUUGCAGAAGCGAAAUACUACUGCAUCACUGAGCUUGCAAUGUCCUGUGAGCGGGCAUUAUAUACGCACCAGGAACCGAAGCCCAUCUGCCGUAUACCGUUGAUAACGUCGCAAAAGGAGGAACAGUUGCUGAUCAGUUCAUCCUCGAAGCCGGCCGUCAUAUUGGUGGUACAGCGACAGAACAACAAAUACUCGUACACAAGCACAUCUGAUGAUAAUUUGCUCAAGAAUAUCGAACUGUUUGACAAGCUGUCAUUACGCUUUAACGAGCGAAUACUCUUCAUUAAGGACGUAAUUGGGCCAAGUGAAAUUUGCUGCUGGUCAUUUUAUGGGCACGGCAAAAAAGUAGCCGAGGUCUGCUGUACAUCUAUUGUCUAUGCGACAGAUCGCAAGCACACUAAAGUCGAGUUCCCAGAAGCACGCAUCUACGAGGAGACUCUUCAGGUUCUACUCUAUGAGAAUCGCAAUGCGCCGGACCAGGAGCUGUUGCAAGCCACAUCUUCGGUGCGUGCAGGCGGCGUCAGCGGCGCCAGUAUGCAUCAGUAUACGAGCGACGAGGAAGAGGAGCGCACGGGCCUCGCUCGAUUGCGCUCAAACAAGCGGAACAACCCCACUUGACUUAUACCUAAGUUGGAAAUUCCUCAGAUUAGAUGGCAAAACUGCGGUGCUUGCAGCCAUUGUUGGUUCGCCUCCUGAUCUUUGGCGCGAGUAUCGCAGCUGCGAUUUUGGAACAUAUUCGUUUAUAUGCUUACCAAAAAUCAAGCCAACAAAUUUAAUUUUUGUGUAUGUAUUAAAACUGUGAACACCGUGAGAUUAAUUGCAAUUAUAUUCCAUCUGUCACUGACACACCAGAUCCCAUGUCUAGCGCAAAGUAUUAGGUCUCAUAUUUGAUGCGUAUUUAAAUAUAUGCAAUCUCGGAAAACAAACGUAUACCUACAUAUUAUA